AUGCAGAGUGUUAGGAAACCGUUCAAGAUUGAAAGAAUAGAUAAUAGAUAUUUUGAGGAAACAUUUCAAGAAUCAAUAGGUAUAAGUUCAACUUUCAAUGAUGAUGAAUCAACUGCAAAUUUAUUAUUAGGGAAACAUUCUUUGAAUUCUAAUAAAAUUAUCUCUACAAAGACAUUAGAUGUAGUGCAAUGCUGCGAUAAGGAAACAUUUGUAAUUGUUGAAGAUAGAUGCAUACGAGCUAUACAUUUACUAGAAUCGCAUGACGUAGAAAUAUUUGAUCAAUUGCCUUUACAUGAUACGAUUUUGUGUUGUAUUGAAUCAAAAUCUACACAUGGUAGAAUUUGUAUUUUAACAGAUAAUAAUAUGAUUCAUUUCAUUGACGUAAUAGAGAUCAAAGGAUCUAAAAAAUUGAAAUUUACAAGAGAUAUAGAUAUAAAUUUGAACUCAAUAGAUAAAAAUUUGCAUCUAUUCAUGGCAACAAUCGACAAUACUGUUUAUUUGAUUAAUAAAUCUAUGAAUAGAAUUUAUUCAAUAGACGUGAACAAGAAUCAAUUGAACUCAGUUCCAUUCCAAUUAACAAUGAUUCAUCAACUAGUUGAUUUUACAUCAUACGUAUCAGAGAAAGGUACACGUAAUUUACUUUUGUUUCAUAUCGAUAAAUUGUCAAAGAUAUUACAUCUUGAAAUUCUUGAAAUAAUUAAUGGUGAUAAUGAAGCAACACCGGCAGAAUUAUUAAGAAAGAAAACUUUUAAGAUUGAUAAAAUAGAGAAUGAUCUUCUAAGGAUAAAAAAGAUAGACUCCCAAUGUAUCGUAGUACUAACGUUUAACAAUGUGGUAAUUAUAUCCGGUAAACAAUUUUCUGUUAAGAGAUGGCCAAAUGGAACCAUUUUGAAGAAGCAUUUAAAACAAUCAUUUGAUCUUAAAACCUUUUAUGUUGAUAGAGAUAAGACAUCGUUUUUUUUACAAUUAGUGGACCCCAAAUUGAAUAUUUUGAGCGCAACUUUAAAGAAAGGUGAAAGCAAUAUUAAAUGGAAAUUUAAAUCUGAUAACCCUUUUAAACAACAAAGCAUUCUUGCAUUUUAUUUAACUCGCGAUAUCAUAUAUUUGAGAGAUAAAGCUGAUAAAAUCAAUAUAAUUAAAAUUGAACAAGAUAAAAACAGAGAACACUAUAAGUUUACAAAUAAAGCUGCCUUUAAACAAAUUACGUAUGAGAAUGUUACUUAUAAAUGUGGAUUUGUUAAAUCAAAUACAGGUUCUAUAGUACAGAAUUUUAUUUUUGGAGGUGUGAAUUUGAGUAAUAAUAAGCCAUUCUUAGAGGAGACAAAUACAUCUAUACAAUAUGUUAUUAAGAAAAUAGGAGUAAUUUCAAAUGAGACAGGUAUACUUAAUAAACUUGUCAUCAACAGAGGAACUUUGAAGAUAUUAUUUAACAACAAAUUAUAUGGAAUGGAUCAAGAUAAAAAUAUUGUAUUGAUAAAGUCAUUGGAUUUAACUGAAUCUUACCUAUCCGAUAAAGGUAAUAUAAUCCCUUACCACAAUGAACAUAUUAUAUAUUGCGCAGACGUUAUUUCUUAUAAUACACUCCAUGCAGUUCAUGAUAUUCUACUACAAAUCCAUAUAGACGGCAAGGUAACAAUAAAAUCAUACGGUGAAGAUACAAAUAACUUUCAUACCCUAUAUGAACUUAAGCAUAAAAUCAAGUUGCAAAAAAAAGUAAGAACCUCCGCAAUAAUUACAGAGACUUCCGACAUUUAUUUAUUGAUAAAUGAAAAUGAAAUGCUAUAUCUCUACCUUAACGGUAUGGUUGUGGCAACUAUGUUCAUUGGCAAUCGAAAACUGAAUGACUUUUUCAUCUUGAAACCCGGCGAUGAUUUAGAAAGAGGAAUGGUAGCAUUGUCUUUUAGUGACGGUAAUCUAGAAUUUUUUGCAAUGAAUUUGAAUCAUAUUUAUUUUAAAAUACCAUCAAUUACGAACGGCGGGUACAAAUUAAUAAAAACUGUAAUUAACAGUAACAUUUUGGUUGUGUAUCAAAAACAGUGUAUACUGUUGAUUAAUUUUGAAUGCUUCCAAAUUGCUAAAAUUGGAUUACAAUUUGAAAUUCAAUGUGUUGUGUACGGAGGAUUGAAGGAUACUAAACAUACAUUUAUGAUAUGUGAUAAAUCUAACGAACUCUAUGAAAUCGGAUUCAAAAUAGGCAUGAAAUUUAAGACAUGUACGACUCGAUUGGAACUCGGAAUUAAUUUUGAUAUCCCCGUUAUCAUAUGUGAAAUUCCAUUCUCUGAGUCACUUAUUAUGAUUCUUACGAGGAACCGUGAAAAGAAGUAUCUUAACGUAUUUGCGUACGAUAUUAUUAAACGGUGCAUUGUGUCUAAUGUGUUCACCGUCACUUCUAUUGAAGACUACAAACUAAUCCUCACCCCAUUGAGUACGAAAGACAACCCAAGGUGCAAUAUAUACAGCAAAAUUCCACAAUAUGGUUUUAUUGUGACAUUCGUUAGGAAGGGGAAGUCACAAUAUCAGAUAUUACAAUUUGAUAAGUUAAAAAUGUCGAUAAAACGAAUAUUCGGUGGAAAUCUAAAGGUUACUCCAUAUUCAAUAUUAAUAAGAGUAAUAGAUAAAUCAAGGCAAUUAAUAACAUUUUUAGGACGUGAUAUUGAGAUUAAAGAAUUGAUAUAUUUCCAGAAAAACAGUAAUAAUAUGUUUUCAGUUCAAGCUAAGGAUUAUAAAUUAUUCGAAAGAAAUAGUCAACCGUAUAUUGUUUAUGGUUAUGAAGAGGCUGGUUUACUCGAAACGAUAAAUAUGAAAAGUGUUCAUGAAAAUUUUAAUACUCUCCUAAUGGAGGUGCAAAAUGCUCGAUAUGAAAGUUCCGAUAGGUUAAAUAUUGAAUUUGAUAAAUAUUUCCAAAAUACGUUUAUUAAGAUGGCUAGUUCAUUUAUCUUUGUUGAUACAAUUGACAAAGUGAAAUACAAGAGUCCCCUAUUAGAACAUGAUGUAUGGUUUUAUAACCUUGUUUCAUCUCUUGUAAAAAGUGGUGACGUGACGAAGAAUAUUAUAGUUGCAACGGUUGACGAAGAUGAUAAACUGUCCUUGUAUCAUGAUAGGGGCCUACAAUAUGGGAAAUCCAGAUUAUCUACAUCUAGUAUAAGCUUUCAACAUUAUUCACAAGUUGAAGAGGUAAUUCCUAUCCAAAAUGAUUUUACAAGGCUUAGCAGCGUUAUCUUAACUAAUACAUGCACGGGAAUGGAUUCCCAGCCUAUAUUUAUUGUUCUUGGUAGUGGUUCCACUAAAUGUAUUAUCACAAAAUGUCAUGAUGGAUGUCUGGGAAAAGAAAAAAAAUCCACUUCUACGCAAACACUUGACUUUCAACCUAAAUCGAAAAGUUUAUGA